UGCGCACACCGGGCGCCCCUUCCGCGUCCGCCCGGCCGGCCCGCUCUCUAUCUCCACCACCGGGAUCAAACCCCAUGCACCAUCCGUAGUUUUAUUGAGCAUAAUCAUACAAAUCGCAGUGCGACGACGCGGCCGGCCGCUCCCAAACUUUGAGUAGUGCCGCUCUCCGUCGUCCUCUUCGAUCUCCAUCAUCGCGCCACGUACGUACGGUGGUCACAUCCCUGUCGACCGCGCGCGUUGGGAGCGCAUCCGGCCGUGUGCAUUAGCCGCCCAUGGACGACACGGAGAGAGAAAAGGAGAAGGAGAAGGAGAAGCACGACUGCGGGACGGACGUCGAGGACGAAGAAGAGGACGAGGAAGGCAACAAGCGCGUCGUCGUGCUUGGCCCCCAGGUCCCCCUCAAGGAACAGCUCGAGCUCGACAAGGACGAUGAGAGCCUGAGGAGGUGGAAGGAGCAGCUCCUUGGGCAGGUCGACACCGAGCAGCUAGGAGAAACUGCGGAGCCAGAGGUCACGGUGCUGGACCUGACGAUCCUGUCGCCGGGCAGACCGGACCUGGUCCUUCCCAUCCCGUUCCAGGCGGACGACAAGGGCUAUGCGUUUGCUCUCAAGGACGGCAGCCCCUACAGCUUCCGCUUCUCCUUCGUCGUCUCCAACAACAUCGUGUCCGGCCUCAAGUACACCAACACUGUCUGGAAGACUGGCGUCAAAGUGGAGACCCAGAAGAUGAUGCUGGGAACGUUCAGCCCCCAGCUAGAGCCCUAUAUCUACGAGGGCGAAGAAGAGACGACACCUGCUGGCAUUUUUGCUAGAGGCUCCUAUUCCGCUAAACUAAAGUUUGUUGAUGACGAUGGCAAGUGCUUCUUGGAGAUGAGCUACUACUUUGAGAUUAGGAAGGAGUGGCCAGGAGGCCAAUGAUGUGGCCGGACCAGCAGGGCAGAGCUGACUCGUCGGAGUACGCUGUUGUUAGAGCUCAUAGCAAAAAGCCAAGCAGAAAAUAUGUGCUAUCGCUUCAAGAAUGUUUCACUACUUUCUUCGUCAUUAUCGAUUGUGUUUUGAUUUGUUUCGAGCUGUCAUUAAUUGUAUGUUGUUUGUCGCAUAAGGCUGUUUAUUCGCAUAUAUAAUUCCUGUAUCCAGAUAUUCAGACAUAUUUGUGUAGUUCUAUUGUUCAAUUUCUC